AAACCAAGCUGGGCCUGAUUUAGCCUGCUCAGCUAGCAGAAUGACCCGUCUUACGCUUCAAGCUCCCUCCCAGGUCCAGUGCUGAGCUGAGCUCCCCUUUCAGUUAGUUGCAGGUUUCCUUGGGAGCUGUCAGAACUGACCAAAUCUCCUUGCCCCUGAGAAAGAGCCAAGAGAAGGCCUGAGGUUAGGGUGGAAAACUAGGAUUCAGCCAGGAGCUCAACUUUCCCCCCCUAAACUGGUUUGAGAGGAACUCGAGACGGUGACAUUCCAGCCAGUGUGAUGGAUGCGCACUCUCUAAUAUGUCCCAGUGGCGAAAGGGUUUGUUCGAUCUGCUUGAAGCCUUGCCAAUGCCCAGCCACGCAACCCUGCGGGCACAGCUUUUGCCCAUCGUGCUCCAACCGAUCCUGGGUGGAUGAACUAAAGGAAAAAGUCACCUGCCCUGAAUGCAGAGAAACCUUUCUGAGAAAUAAGGCAUGCUCUUAUGAACCUCUUGGAAAAAUGGAAGAGGCCACCCAGCUGACCACAGUGGAUGAAACAAAACAGUCAGCUCAGAGUAUCUGUGCGAUACACAAGGAAAUAUUAAAUCUUUUCUGUGUUGAGGAUCAAGCCCCACUCUGUUCAGUCUGCAGAAAAUCCUGGGAUCAUUCAUCACACACUGUGAUUCCCAGAGGGGAGGACAGUUUUCCAAUAUCAAAGCCUUCCAAUUCUGGCAUUAUAGGAUACUCAAACGCAGCAACUUGCAUCAAAGGAAACGGAGAGGUCGUUGGUGGGAAUGAGAAGGACAGCACAGAUAAGCUCAUGCUGAUUGAGCCGCAGGUUGACUUCAACUUGGAGGAAAACAAGGAAGAAGACACUCCAUCAAACUCCAGGGUCCAAAAUUCCAUAACAUGGAUCCUCCUGAUACUGUUCAUCAUCCAGAUUGUGGGCUUGGUGACAACCAUCUUCGUUUUCACAAAGGCUAAAGCUGAGCUACCAGCCCCUUGUUGCCCGUCUGGCUGGAUCGUGAACCAAGGGAGCUGCUAUCAUGUCUUGCAGCUGGAAGGGUCCUGGGAUGAUGGCCAGCGCCACUGUUCCUCGCUCGGUGCCUCCCUGGCUGUGGUUGCGGACUUGGAGAAACUGAAAGUCGCCAUGCAAGACAAAGGCCCCUUUGACCACUGGGUUGGCCUACUCAGAGAAUCGGGAGGGAGCUGGAAAUGGACUGAUGGGACGGAUUUCAACAACCUUUUUGAAGUGGAAGGAGAGGGAGACUGCGCUUUCCUAAGCAAGGGGGUCCUGAACCGUGGAGAUUGCUCAGCUGAGAAGAAGUGGCUGUGCAGCUGGAAAGCUCAGGCCAGAGGCGGAUUCCACAGCCCUGCUGGGGGACGUGAAACUUUAAGAGCUGACCCCGUGCCGAAGGACCUUUCCACGCUUUUACCCUGUUCCUAGCUGCCACUCCCUCUGUGUGUGUGUGCAGUGAUAAAUCAGUCACCAGCCCAAGUGACCAAGCUCGAAUCCUAGAGGGUAGCCUCCCUUUGGCGAUUUGAGCACUCGAUAAAUGCUUUCUCGUGGCGCUGCUGCUACGAGAGCCAGUAGGCUGAAAAACCAGGCGAUGCAAGAAAACAUCCUAACGCAUUCUGUUUUUAGAAAUCUUCUCGUUUCGUUCUCGCAGUUGCAAUCUCAAGCAUAACUUUCUUGAGAGUCGGUCGCGUUGAGCUCAGUGGGGUUUACUUCUGGGUAACUAGGCAGAGGAUUGUGUCUCUGUUUUAGUGUGGGCAUUCUCUAGUCAGUUUUAAGAAUGGCCUGUGAUGAAGAUGACCGCCUCAGCUUUCCUUUUAGAUGAAAACAUGGGCAGGUUUGUGGUCCCCAGGACACCAGGACAGGUGAAAUUCUUCAGCAGAGUGCAACCCAACUCUCAGCCA